AUGGAAAAUGGAAGAUAUCAAGUAGCCUGGCCAUGGAAAGAAAAAUUACCGGAACUUCCUGAAAAUAGGGAACUCGCAUACGGAAGACUAAAGUCACUUUUUCAGAAAAUGAAGAACAAUCCUGACCUAUUAAACAAUGAGAUUAUUCAAGACCAGUGCAAAAAGGGCAUCAUAGAAAAAGUGUCUAACCAAUGUAGUAAGGAUACCGGAAUCAAACAUUACAUACCACAUCAUGCUGUAGUUGACCCAACCAAACCUACAACUAAAGUAAGGAUAGUUUAUGAUGCAUCUGCCAAAUCAAAACCUGAGAAUAAAAGUUUGAAUGAUUGCCUGCACAGAGGACCAGUAAUGUUACAAGAUUUAUGUGGACUCUUGUUGCGUUUUCGAAUGAACAAAAUUGCAGUAGUUGCUGAUAUUGAAAAGGCAUUUCUCCAAAUUGAACUACAAAAAAAUGACAGAGAUGCAACCAGAUUUUUUUGGCUAAGAAACAUUAAUCAUCCAACUGUAGAAAAUAAUGUACAAGUUUACAGAUUUUGCAGAGUGCCAUUUGGAGUUAUAUCAAGUCCUUUCCUACUUGCAGCAACUUUGGACUAUCACCUUGACACAUACAAAAAUGCAACAGCAGCAAAUAUUAGAGAAAACAUUAAUGUGGAUAAUGUAAUUACUGGAGUAGAUUCGACAGAGAAUGCAGUUACAUUAUAUAAAGAGGCAAAACAAAUAUUCAGUGAUGCAUCAAUGAACUUAAGAGAAUGGGCAUCAAAUUCACAGCAAUUUUUAAAAUGCAUUCCCAAGGAAGACCAGGCAAAUAGAGAAAAAUUAAAGGUUCUUGGAUUAACUUGGACAAUAAAAGAUGAUACAUUGACGGUGAACAGUGCAAGAAAUGAUAACAUGUUUCCAAUCACCAAAAGAGAAGUAUUACAGAGAGUGGCUUCUGUGUUUGAUCCACUUGGAUUUUUUACACCAGUGACUUUAAGAACCAAGCUUUUCCUCCAAAUGUUGUGGAACAAGAAAAUGGAAUGGGAUGAACAACUGACAGAGGAAGAUAUUCAGCAAUGGAAAGAAAUCUCUUUUGAUUAA